CCCCACGCACAGUGCUGUCAAUUUCCCCUCAUUUUUAACUCCACUCCAACAAAUAAUCCCUCGUAUUAAAUUUAAAAGAAUCCAUCGAAAAAAUGACCGAUUCAGACUCCGGCAGCAUCAUCACUCAAGAGACGGUUCCGGCGGAAUCACAACAACAAGAGCCGCCAAAGAAAGUAGCCACUAGCGGCAUUUCUCUCAGCAUUUGGCCACCUACGCAACGCACGCGCGAUGCUGUCAUCACUCGCCUAAUCGAAACCCUAGCUUCUCCCUCAAUCCUUACUAAACGCUACGGCACUCUCCCUCUCGAUGAGGCCGAAACCGCCGCCCGCCAAUUGGAGGAUGAGGCUUUUGGAGUUGCGAACACCGCUACCUCAUCUGAUGAUGACGGACUUGAGAUCUUACAGGUUUAUUCUAAGGAGAUCAGUAGGCGGAUGUUAGACACUGUCAAGGAGCAUGCUAGACCGGAAUAUGGGAGUAAUGGUGUGUCGGAGACUACAACCCCUGAUGCGGCGGCACACAAGGAUGUUUCCGGUGAGGCUGAGGCUUGAUCUUAAUUAGGGUUUUUAGUUGCUGCAUAUUGGUAUCUUGUAGGAUUUUUACUUUUAUUUUAUCCUGUUAUGUGCUAUGAGUUCUGUUUGUGCUAAAUUAUGGAUUUUCUCUAUGAUUAUAUCAUGAUGGGUUUUUAUCAA